CUCCACCUUACAUUUUCAGAAUCUUAAAACGCAAACUCUUUCAAUAAGAGAAGAAAUUUUUGUUUUUUGUCAUUUUCAAAUUCAAAAUUCACGCAAAAGCUACGUAACCUUUUUCGCUUAUUUUCUCGGGAAAAUCCAGGAGUGAAAAUGGCUUUAAACAUGACAAACCAAAUCGGAGCAUUAGCCGGGCCUUCGAUUUCGUUGGAAGGAGGCGCCGUCUCUGGCGAGUCAACCAACGCGGUGAAUGCGUCGGCGGUUUGGAAAACAAUUGCCACAAACUUAUGUUGUAAAAUUUCAAAACCAGAGAUGAUCGACUCGGUAUCACCGCCUAUAAGUCCGUGCCGGUCACCGGUAAUGAGCAACAUGCGCGCAGAUCUCUCAGUGGUGUGCCGCGCAUACGCGCCCGAAUCGACGGCGACGACGAUGUCGGAUACAGAUAGGGACUACGCUGAGCUUUAUAAUCAGGGAGGCGGUGCGAAGGAUAAAGGGAAGGGAGUACCGGUGUUCGUGAUGAUGCCGUUGGACAGCGUGACGAUGUCUAACGGCGUGAACAGACGGAAGGCGAUGGAUGCUAGCUUGAGGGCGUUGAAGAGCGCGGGAGUGGAGGGAAUAAUGAUGGACGUGUGGUGGGGCCUGGUAGAGAGAGACCAGCCGGGCCAGUACAAUUGGGGUGGAUACAAUGAAUUGAUGGAAAUGGCUAAACGGCAUGGACUCAAGGUUCAAGCUGUGAUGUCGUUUCAUCAAUGUGGCGGUAACGUGGGUGACUCUGUCACCAUCCCAUUACCCAACUGGGUUAGGGAAGAGAUGGACAAAGAUCAAGACCUUGCAUAUACUGAUCAGUGGGGAAGAAGGAAUUAUGAAUAUGUUUCGCUUGGCUGUGAUACCGCUCCAGUCCUCAAGGGUCGAACACCUAUUCAAUGUUAUGCUGAUUUCAUGCGAGCUUUCCGAGACCAUUUUAAUCAAUAUCUUGUCGACACCAUUGUGGAAAUCCAAGUGGGAAUGGGACCAGCAGGUGAGCUUCGUUACCCUUCAUAUCCUGAGCUGAAUGGAACAUGGAAAUUCCCAGGAAUUGGAGCCUUCCAAUGUUAUGACAAGUAUAUGCUCAGUAGCUUAAAAGCAGCCGCUGAAUCUGCGGGUAAGCCAGAAUGGGGUAGCACAGGCCCUACCGAUGCCGGACACUACAACAACUGGCCUGAAGAGACCCCUUUUUUCCGGAAAGAAGGUGGUGGUUGGAAUAGUGAGUACGGUGAAUAUUUCCUCAGUUGGUACUCACGGAUCCUCAUUGAACAUGGCGAAAGAAUUCUCUUGUCUGCCAAGUCAAUCUUUGAUAGUACAGGCGUAAAGAUUUCGGUGAAGAUUGCAGGAAUCCACUGGCACUAUGGAACCAGGUCCCAUGCCCCUGAACUCACAGCUGGAUAUUACAACACACGAUUCCAUGAUGGUUACCUUCCUAUUGCCCAUAUGCUGGGACGCCAUGGUGCCAUAUUCAACUUCACUUGCAUUGAAAUGCGUGAUCACGAGCAACCACAAGAUGCCCUUUGUGCACCUGAGAAGCUUGUCAGGCAAGUGGCUUUAGCAACUCAAGCAGCAGAUGUUCCACUUGCUGGAGAAAAUGCAUUGCCACGUUAUGACGAAUAUGCUCAUGAACAAAUCUUGCAAGCAUCAUCCUUGAACAUGGAUGGCAGCUCAGAAGCUGAUAGACAGAUGUGUGCAUUCACAUAUUUAAGGAUGAGUCCCCACUUGUUUCAACCCGAUAACUGGAGGCAGUUUGUGGCAUUUGUUAAGAAAAUGAAUGAGGGGAAAGAUAUUUACCGGUGCCGGGAAGAGGUGGAACGGGAAGCCGAGCAUUUUGUGCAUAUGACUCAGCCUUUGGUCCAGGAGGCAGCCGUCGCUCUUAUGCAUUAACAGGUUGGCAGUUAGAUUAUGUUACUAUGUACACUUAAAAUGCUUUGUUAUAAGGUUACAUCUUGCUAUAGCUGUUUUUAUUAUGCUGUGUGUGGCUAUAUGAUAGUAAAAAGAAAAAUUGUUAAGUUCAUUCCCAUCACAAUACAAAAAUAUUAUUAUAUUAUAUAUAAGAGAUAUUGAUUUAUAUA